AUGGAGGGUUGUGAUCAAAACAAGGUAUUUGUGGGAGGAUUAUCAUGGGAGACAACAGAGGAUGUGUUGAGAGAACACUUCAGAAAGUAUGGAAAGGUUAUGGACGCUGUAAUUGCUAAAGAUAGAAUCACUGGUACCUCUCGUGGAUUUGCGUUUGUUUCCUUCUCUGAAGCAUCGGCUCUGAAUGAACUUCUUCUUAAUACUCAUACGAUUCUUGGGAGAACGGUUGAAGUGAAAAAGGCUGUACCAAGACACGAAUACAACCAAAACAGAUUAAAUAAAAAGGUUAAAACUAACGAUGUUGUUAUUAGCAACAAUAAUAUAAAAAUUAAGAAGAUUUUUGUAGGGGGAUUCUGUAUGAAACAAAUACCAAAAGAUGAUAAUGGUGGUGUUGGUGGUGGGAAUGGAAUCAGCAAUUACCUCUCUGGUGGGAAUGGAAUAGGCAAUUACUUUGUUCCUGUUUAUGGUGGUUAUCCUUAUGGUUAUUAUGGAGGGUUUAACUAUGGUUUGGGUCCAUGGGGUUACCCAUAUCAUGUGGGUGUUUAUCCUAGUUACAUGAAUAAUGGAUACGGAUUAAUGGGUAUGGGUGGGAUUAUGGGGUCUAUGUCAAAUGGAAAACCGAUUCAACUCAGUGAGCAACAUGGAGCAUCUUCUGAGAUUUGUAGAUAA